AUGAGUUACUUCCUGGCCUAUUGCAAAGCACACUGCAGUACUGUGCUCUCCCAGUACCAAAUGCUUAGAGCCGAAGGCUUGAUGUGUGAUAUUUUACUGAAGGUGAAGGAAAAUGAGUUUCCUGCACACAAGUCCCUGCUGGCCUGCUCCAGUGAUUAUUUCAGAGCUAUGUUCAAAAGCUACACAAAAGAAUCCAAAGCCAGUGUUAUUCAUCUACAAGUCAUCUCACCUACUGGUCUCCAGCAUGUCCUGGAUUUCAUUUAUACCUCCUGGUUGCCCCUUUCUUUUGAGAAUCUGGAGGACACCCUGGAAGCUGCCAGUUACUUGCAAGUGACUGAGGCUAUUGGCCUGUGCAAUCAGUACUUGGUUAACAACCUGACCCUGGAAAACUGCUGUUUUUCUGCCAACAUUGCCACCAAGUUCUAUCUUCCAGAUGCUUUGUCGGCGACAGAAAAAUACAUCAUCAGUAAUCUCUGGAAACUUUUAGAGUUGCAUUUCAUGGAGCUGCUCUUACUGAACUUCAGAUCGUUGAUGGCAGUGGUAGAAUCCCCUGAUGUCCCUAUGGUGAACGAAUCCUGCCUCCUGAAUCUAGUGCUCAUCUGGCUGAAGCAUGAUAAAUCCAGGUUGAUUCACAGAAACAACCUAUUAGAACAUAUAAGAUUUGGUCUCAUCCCAGUGGAAGAUCUGAGAAAAGUCUACACUCAGUCAGAAGUGUCUCUCACGACUCCUAUUAAAUGCUUGAUCAUAAAAGCAAUAAACUACCAUUCACUAGUUUUUAAACAGCCCAUCCUGCAGGAUAAGUAUAGCACCCUGAGAAACCAGCAAACGCGCAUCAUCCUGUUAGGAGGAGGGACUUCCAAUGAGGGACUGGUCAGCGAUGUGAUGGCCUUUGAUGUUUACAAUCACAAAUGGAGAACUUUAACGCAGGUGCAGGACAGAGUACAGAAUCACUGCAUGUGUGUGAUUGGAAACUACCUGUAUGUGCUGGGUGGGGAAACAGCAGAUUUGCAAAGUGACAUGAAAAGCACCAGCUUGUCAGUUACAAACAAGGUCCAUCGUUAUGACCCAAGAUUUAACAAGUGGACCCAAAUCACAGAAAUGCUUGAAAAGAGAUGCCAAUUUUCUUGUUGCAUCCUAGACAACAAGAUCUUUGCAAUUGGUGGGAGAGGCGAGACCGGAUCACUGCAUUCAUCUGUUGAAGUCUACAACAUUAGCAGAGACAGAUGGACAAAGGCUACAGAAUUGCCAUGCAAGAUGCAUGGCCAUGCCAGUACAGUUUGCAAGAACACGAUCUACAUCUCAGGUGGAAAAUACACAGAUCAAACCAACACAAGUAAGGAUGUGUUCUCUUUGAGCAGUUUGGAAGGACAGUGGAGAAAGCAAGCCUCCAUGAGCAUUGCUCGAUUUGGACACCAGAUGGCAACGAUCAGAGAGGCCAUCUUCACAUUUUUAGGACUGUAUGAACCAUUCUCUGAAAUAGAAAGGUACGACCCUGCCCCAAACCAGUGGACUCGCUUAAAGCCAUUGGUCUAUGACCGAUUUUGCUAUGGUCUGGCUGUGGUAGAGGAAACGGCACUUCUCAUUGGGGGAAAGAAAUGGCAAGACUCCCAUGAGGUGCCAACCCAAGAUGUGGUGGGUUAUGAUAUAGAUAAUGACUGCUGGGAAGAGAUUUGCAAACUUCCCUUCCCUUGGUAUGGAUUGCAGUGUGCAGUGCUACAACUCUCAGAACUGGCGGAAACUAAGGACACCCAAUAAUAGUGGAGCCAAACUUCUGAGUCAACGCUUCCAAUGGCUGAAGAACAGGACAGCAGGGCAGCCCCAGAGGAAAAAAGACAAUUGCAACUGCACUAAAUGUAACAGAGUUGAGGUUUUGCUUUAGUAAACACCCCGCACAGAGUGUAUGGACAGGAAAUCAGGCACUAGGAUGGGAAAAAUGUGCUGUGACUUGUAUAGCUGAAGGCAGGUUUUGCCAAGGGCAGAUAUGUCAAGUAGCACAUCCUGAAAGGAUGAUGUCGAGGAAUUCCAAUGCUGUAUGUCCUUGGAAGCAUUUAAUAGCUGUCUCAAGUCAGAUUUUGCAAGGGUUAAAAAUGUAAUCUUUAUUUUUUUUAAUUAAAGGUCAUUUCCCCAGAUGGUAAGUGGUAUUGAAUUUUAUACUAUGGCUAAGCAAAAUGAAAGUGUAAUAUAUAAAGAUCAGAAAAUUGUUGCCUGUAACAGCUUUAAUAAGUAAC